GUAAAUUACGUACAUAAACAUGCAUAUUACCCGAUCUUUUACGCACUUAGAGCGGCAUUCAUGCAUGAUCCUACGUUUUGUUUCGGAACUUCAGAUUUCCUCUAUGAAUCACCGGGGCUUUCAAGUUUCUCUUCUCCUUCCGAUGCUCUACUUUUGCCAACCCAGAAUGUAAAUAUUCCAUGCAAUUUCAUCUUUUGGAGAGCAUGCCGCUACUUGUUAUCAGUACUUUCAGUUUUAGGAGACUUUCCCUUUUUCAUUUUUGCAUUUCAAUCAGUGCGAGCCUAUUACAUGAUUACCAGGACAACGUCGAGAUGUACACUUGCAACUGGUGGUAAGACGAGGGCAAUGUACAACACCGAUACCACUUCUUUAGCGACGAAAACCACAACAUGCACACGCUAAUGACAACUUUGACAGCCAUCCAGUCAUUCCCACUGCGCAAAUGAAACACCAACAGUCUCAUUAUUUGGUGGGCAGUGACGCACCAGUGUCUCGACUUGGUCCCGUUUUCGCGUUGGCGCUUCCUUGCCAACGCGAAAAUGGCGAAAAGCUCACAGAACUGUCUAAUAAUAACAUUUCCCUUUACGGCAAUUCAAAAAUACAACGUACCCACUCAAUUAGGGCAAAUCUCUGCCCUAAUUGAACAACCAUAGAGCCCUUGGUAUAUCUCAAACACGACACUACACUCUUUGCUCAACAGAAACAGCACUUCCGUUAUCUUUGAAUGCACACUUCUCCCUCCAAAAAUGCGUGUUGAUCUGCAAAAACCACCUUGGAAUCUGAAAUGAAAUUCCGACCUGCUACCAAAAGUUCGGAUCUACCGCCUUUU